UGCUCAGACAGUCCUGCGCUCCCUCCCUCUGUCUCUUCAGUGACACUGCAACUCCGGGCUCCCAGAUCACAGCCAACCGCUCACUGCCGUGCACACGCACCAGGUUCAAGUGGCAACGCUUGGUGAAGCGGCUGGAAACUAAGAGGCAGAGCUGAUGCACAACGGCAUCAGCUUUCAAAAAGCGAGGUAGCGGCACCUCCAGGGUAACCGGGGGACACCGGGGACGACCUCUGACUGGGGCAUCGGGAAGCAGCCUGUCGAAGGAGGCGCGGCGACAAUGAGGAUGAAGGACCCCUCCUUGAGACAGGAUCUCUCCCUGAGGCAGGACCCCGACUUGAGGCAGGAGCUGGCGUUGUUGGCGAGGGGUCGUGACCUCGUCCUGCCGUCCCGCUUCAAGAGGAGACUGAAGGCUCUCCAGCAGGCACAGCAGGGCCAUGCUGGGAAAGCAGAGAUCAUUAAACCAGUGUCAAGUGAAAGCAUUCCAAAGUUCUACUUCCCUCAAGGACGGCCCAAAGCCAACUUCAACAUUGAUGCUCUCAUUUCCAGGAUAGAGAAAAUAUUUUCCCAAUUUCCUAAUGAAAGGGCAACUAUUGAGGACAUGGGGAAGGUUGCCAAGGCCUGCGAGUGUCCCCUCUACUGGAAGGCCCCAUUGUUUAUCUCAGCCAGGGGGAACAAGACGGGGUUUGUGUCCAUGCACACGUUCAUCGCCAUGUUCAGAAAAAUGCUGCAGACUUGCCACGAUGAUGCAUCCAGAUUUGUUCACCUGCUGGCCAAGCCUGGCUGCAGUUAUCUGGAACAGGAGGACUUUAUUCCAUUUCUGCAGGAUGUGGUCAAUUCACAUGUUAGCCUUGCAUUUCUGAAGGAGGCAUCUGAUUUCCACUCUCGGUACAUCACUACAGUCAUUCAAAGAAUAUUUUAUACUGUGAAUCGAUCUUGGACUGGGAGGAUUACAUGUUCAGAGCUCAGAAGGAGCACUUUCCUGCAGAAUGUCGCCCUACUAGAAGAGGAAGAGGAUGUCAACCAGUUGACAGAAUACUUCUCCUACGAGCACUUCUAUGUCAUCUACUGCAAGUUUUGGGAGCUAGACACCGACCACGACCUCUACAUAAACCAGCAUGAUCUGGCCAGGCACAACGACCAAGCAGUCUCCUGUAAAAUGAUUGAAAGAAUAUUCUCAGGGACAACAAACAGGAACAAGAGAGCACGCAAAGAGGGAAGAAUGAGCUAUGCCGACUUUGUCUGGUUCCUCAUCUCAGAGGAGGACAAGAAAUCCACUACCAGCAUAGAGUACUGGUUCCGCUGCAUGGACCUCGAUGGGGAUGGGGUCCUGUCCAUGUACGAGUUGGAGUACUUUUACCAGGAACAGUGCCGCAAGCUGGAGAACAUGGCCAUUGAGCCCCUGCCAUUCAAGGACUGCCUUUGCCAGAUGUUGGACCUUGUGAACCCACAGACUCCAGGAAAGAUCACCCUCGGAGACCUGAAGAGGUGCAAGCUGUCCUAUGUCUUUUUCAACACUUUUUUUAACGUGGAGAAGUAUCUGGAACAUGAGCAAAAGGAUCCUUUCUUUGCGCUGAGGCGUGCUCACAACCAGCAUAUGUCAGACUGGGAGAGGUAUGCUGCAGAGGAGUAUGAAAUAAUGGUGGCAGAGGAGGGAGCCAGUGAACGGUAUGGCCACAGGUAUAAAAUAACCCAUGACUACAUAAAUCCCCAGAAGUCAUGUGAACUUGCUAUAUGGACAGGAAGAACACAUCUUUUUGAAAUCCCCAGUGCCCCACAUGCCCUGAACCUAUACAAACAUGACUAUGAAGAGGAUUUUGACUGAGGCCUGCUGCUGACACUUGUGGUGAAUCACUAACCAGUGAGUUGGCCUUUUUUUUU